AUGGAUUACCUGCACGGAUCAAACUUCACCGCGCCUCCUGCGCCCUCGUACUCGUCCUCGCCUACAGCACCGGGACUCCUCAUACUGGCCAUGCUUGCAGCAUACGUCACGUAUAAGGACUACUCCGGCUUCCUAUCGCUGGGCCCUGGAGGCACGCCGUCGACCUUUACUGGUUACAUGAAGAUCACCUUUCUGCGGCUAUUUGCACUGCGACACCCGCGCUGCCCCGCGCCGAUCCCGGAGGAGCUGCAGAACACGGGGUUCCUGCGUCCCGGCAGCAUCCCUGUGCGGCGGUCCGCGCGGCCCGACGUCGCCGGGAUCGCUCCGCACCGUCAAACGAACCAGUGGCCGUCCCCCGAGGUGUUCAACGACCUCUCGGCCUCCAUCAUGAAACUCGCAAAGGACUAUCCGUCAAAGUUCCGCAUCGCAACCAGCGCUUUCGAGAAGCAUUGUCCCGGUCUCUUCUCCAACAAGAAGGCCAACCCCGAGGGCAACGGCGAGGUCUGCCAUGCCCAUCCAAGUGAUGGUAGCAUGCACAUGACCCUUCACCCGGAGGAUAUCAAGAUUGUGAUAGAAGCAGGUUGGGGCGAACGUCAUCCCCUCGCCAAAGGAGGCUGGUGCAGUCGAUUCGUGCCUCAGGGUUUCGUCAUGGUCUACGCCCCGCGGUCCAAAGAGGAAGUGGAGGUGGUGAUGGAGAUUAUCAAGGCCGGCGUCGGCUGGAUCAGCGGCGAGAAAUUCGUCCCAAACCCACUGGAGGAGUCGAGAGAUAUGUCGCCUGUCGUCACGGCCCAACUACCCGCGCUGGAUAAGAAUUGCAUGGACCACCGGUGCGGCGCUGUCGCCUCCUAG